UCUACACUACUCUGUCUACACUACUCUGUCUACACUACUCUGUCUACACUACUCUGUCUACACUACUCUGUCUACACUACUCUGUCUACACUACUCUGUCUACACUACUCCCAUUAUACUCUACCCUUCUCGACCAUCACACUUUCUCUGCUUGCAGCUGACUGUUUGCUAGCCAUUACAUUCGCGUCGUUCCUCGCUUUGCUCAACGUUCACUUGGCUUCUUCCUUUUACAUCCUUGCAAAGGCAAUCCACAUCCCCUACUUGUGCUCUCUCCUCUUCACAAUUGACAAUUGACAGCCCUGGGCCCUGAACACACCCACAUAUCCAGCCUCUUAUUUCCACAAUCCUUCGACACCCCCCAACAAUGCUCCAUUCGCCGAUUACGACAAGUAGCCCGUUGCUCCCUUUGAUAGGAUGCAAAUACCCUGCUGCGACGUACUCGGCAAAGCCCACAUCAUGUAUCCUAUCUAAUUCGGGCACAAAGCAGGGCUCAAGUCAAUCCACGUCUGCUGCCAUCAACAUUCCAUCUCCACCAUUAUCACCCAACCUGAACUAUGGUGGAGAUGACGAUGUGGACGAUGACCUCGGAUCAUACGAGCAAAGAGAUGAUCGUGCCAGCAAUAUCUUUUCUUCUCGAUACCACCACUACAACGUCGAGACAGAUCUUUCAAGCCAAGAUCAACUUCAGCACCAACAAGACAAACGAUCGAUCUUCUGUCGCUCGUCCUCUGCACCAGACCUGAUGUUGCCGCUACGAAAACAAUCCUCGGGCGGUACUCCUGCCGCUGUGGGGUUUACAUUCUCAAGUAACCUCUCGGUGAAUCAGCCCAAGGAAGAGCGUGAGAGCUAUGUAUGCUUAUUGAACAAGAUGGAGCAAGACUACUGGAGGAGCGUGUCUACAAUUCGAUCGACGUACUUUUUUGACGGCAUCGGACGUGGUGGUGGAUUCCUUGCUAUUCCGCAUCUUGCGUCGCAUGGCAAUGCCAAGACCAAUGCUAUCUGUCGCCUUCUUGAGGCUUGGUUGACCAAGAAACUGGUCGAGCCCACGAUCUCGGAUUCUAUCCCGGUCCUCGAGGACAAUAUCCAGAGUUCAGUCCAGUCGAUUGAGCACCACUUGAGAGCGGAUCCCAAGGUUUGGGUGGGUAUCUCUCAAGCGUUUAUCCAUAUCCGAUGUGGACACGUCUUCAUGCUUGAUGCCUGCUGUGAUGAUGAGACGAUCGUGCACCUCGGUGCGGCCGAAUUUUAUCAGGAUUAUCCGCUAUUUGUGGAUGUAGAGAUCAAGAUGCAGGAAGAUCCCGCUCAGCAGCCAAGGAGACAUCCGGCCGAGGUGUUGAUUGCGUUCCAGAACGUCGUCAACCGCGACAAGGGACCUGGUGCGGAGCGACCAUAUGUGCAUCGGAUGCAUGUCUCGGAAAUAUCGGCGCUGACCAUCGGUGCUGGCACUGGUGCUGUGUUGAAAGAUUGCACGAGCUCAACGCACCGCCAGUCUCUGGAGGGAGGCAAUCGGCUCAGUCAUUUUGCCUAGGAGCCCAAUUGUUGUACAUACAAGCAAAGUAUUAAAGUAUCAAAGUAUUAUAUAUCGAGUAAUAAAGACAAAGAGUGUUUCGUGUACCACGG